CCAUGCUCACCCACCCCCGCCACUGGUAACAUCAGACCCGGCCUUCGUCUGCCUGCCUACCUACCCUAAAGUCCAGCCUAGACUAUUCUAGAGAAGGGGCUCCAGUACGUCAGAGAGCCGUUUACAGGCAGCCAUUAAUUUUAUCAUCAUCCUACAAAAACCAGCAUAGAUCUGCCACAGCCUCCUUCCCAUCAAGAGUUCUUGAAUUGCUAGUGAUCCCACAGCGGAUCUUAUCACAACCGAGCCAACUUUCCCGAAUUCUGCCGCCUUACCAAACAGCAUAAGAAUGGGUCCCGACGAGCAGGAGCCAGAGCCUACACUGCCGCCCGCAGAGCAGAUGCGAGCACGGCGACUGGCGAAACUGGGCGCCUCGACAACUUCGUCUUCCUCCGCAACGGCGACCGAAGGCAAGUCUGAUACGAAAGAGAACGAGUCGCCGAAGCCCUCAAGCGACAAGCCUUCGUCUUUGGUGGCCUCGACCUCGCAAACCAACGACACCAGACAAGCCCCAGAAGCUGGUUCCCAAACACCAACACCCGCCGCAGCGCCAGCAGCACCCAGAUCCCAGCCUGCCGCUAAGACGGCAGCGGAGCCAGCAACGCCGGCAUCUCAAGUGCGACCGCAGAAGAUCCAGAAACAGGAGUCCCCCGAAGACUGGGCCGAUAGGACCAUCUCGCAUUUCUUCAGAGUAACCCUGGACCCAAGCAGAAAGACCGACGUAUCCGGUCACCCUGUAACAUACCUACCGAAUCUCGCGAGCGAAUUGCAAGAGGAUGGAGCGAAUGACGAAGCCGAGGGUCGGAAGCCUCUGCUGUCCCAAGACAACCUGGACGGCACCAUACUCGAAGCAGCCUCGGCCUUCCCUCACAACAAGCCGCUGCUGGAUUACCUGUUGCCAUGCUGGAAGCGCAUUCUCCGCUUCUCCAAAUCCCCGGCUAUGCAACGUGACCCACCCCCUGAAAGAUUGGAAUUGGUCAAGGAGGCUAGGCGAUUAUGCAUGAGUAACGCGUUAUUUGCGCUCACGGUCCCUGACCUGUUUGGACGCGAGGAGAACCCCCGGCACGACACACUUGUGCCGUACCUCCUCAAGGGAAUGGACAAUGAGGCCGGUGUUUGUCUGGACUUCCUCGCUGAACUUGUGUCAAGGUUUGACGAGGACGAAUCCUAUGCCGACAUCCUUGUCCGCUCCAUGGUCGAUAUCAGCGCUAAGGUUGCCAAUAUGACUAUGGCGGACGAUUACAGACCAGGCAUGAACGUCUUAAUUAUGUUCUCCAAGUACAAAGAGAUUAUGCAGGCUUUGGUCAAGGAUGAGCGCUUCGUCAACAAACAAGCACCUGCUCCGAGAAUCGAGCUGGACUCACUACUGGGUCCCUUUUUCCGUUUAUCACCGUUGCAGAGCGACAUGGCCAAAUCUUACUUUCCUAACGCAGACAACAUGAACGAGGGUGCUGUUCGCACUGCCCAAAACGCGGUCCAAGUAACAUUAUCCGCUCAUCAAUUCGAUCUGAUGUCCGUCAUCAACAAUUUUGUACGGGCAAACGAGGAGGUCAGGGGUCGUGUUCUUGAUUGGUUUGCUCAUGUGGUGAAUUCGAAUCAUAAACGACGAGCAAUGCAAGUUGACCCAAAGGAGGUCUCAUCCGACGGUUUCAUGCUCAAUGUGACCUUUGUCGUAAAUGAGCUAUGCCAGCCUUUUAUGGACACGACAUUCUCCAAGGUUGGCCGCAUAGAUAUCGACUAUCUGCGCCGAAGUCCCCGUGUGGAUCUCAAGGAGGAAACCAAGCUCAACGCUGACCAGCAGCAAUCCGACGCCUUCUAUGCUGAGAAAGCGGAGGGGGCCAACAACUUCAUAUCCGAGAUUUUCUUCCUUGGAUUGGCGGCACACAAUUACGGGACCCAGGCAAUUAGCGAGAAGAUGAAGACUAUGGACAGGGCCAUCAGAAACUUCAGGAGAAGCAUUGAGGAGUUUGAGACAGAGCGGGAGAACUUUGCCAACACCAGACCAACACAGCUCGCAGCGUUUGACCUCCGCACCUCUCGCUACCGCGAGGCGCUGGAGACAAGCGUGGCAAUGAAACACGCGACCAACGGUGUAUUGACCGACGAGAAGAUGCAGGCGAAAUCGAUAACAUUUAUGAGAUAUGUCACGGUUUGGCUGCUUAGGGUCGCAAGCCAAAGUGACUAUACUCCGGAAAAGCGAUUACAAGUGCCUCUUGCAAGUCCACCUCCAGAGGUUUUUUGCUGUCUUCCGGAAUAUUCCCUGCAGAUCGUGCUGGACAAUUUCAAAUACGUUUUCAACACGAUGCCGCAGAUCCUUUUGUCAGCUGUUGGCGACGAACUGACAGUCCUUUGCGUCACACUACUGGAGUCUUCGGCCUACAUCCGAAAUCCUUACAUGAAGGCAGCCCUGGUUACGCUGCUGUAUUUCGGGGUGACGCAGUUCUUCCGGCAUUGGAAGAGCGGUGUGAUGACCGACGUGCUGAUGAGCUCCAAGUUUGCCAACGACCAUCUGCUUCACGCUCUCAUGAAGUUUUACAUCGAGUGCGAGUCCACCGGAGCCAAUUCCGCGUUCUACGACAAGUUCAACAUUCGAUACGAGAUAUCCUACAUCAUCCAGAAAGUGUGGCCUAAUCCCCACUACUCGAGGCAGCUGAGAGAACAGAGCAAGACCAACAAGCCAUUCUUCGUUCACUUUGUCAAUAUGCUGCUCAACGACGCGACAUAUGUGCUCGAUGAAGCAUUGACCAAAUUCCAAAAGAUACAUGAGCUUCAGGUGGAGCUCAAGGAGGCACAUGGCAUGUCGGAAGAACAAAGGAGACAGAAGCAGGACGAGUUACAGACCACAGAAGGCCAUGCGACUUCAUACAUGCACCUCACCAACCAGACUGUGGCGAUGAUGAAGCUCUUCACUGAUACACUUGACGAUGCCUUUACGAUGCCGGAGAUUGUCCAGCGGUUGGCAGGCAUGUUGGACUACAACCUGGAGCUUUUGGUUGGGCCCAAGUCGAGCAAACUGAAGGUGGACAACCCGCAGCAGUACCGUUUCCAGCCCAAGACACUCCUUGCGGAGAUUACGGACAUUUACUUGAAUUUGGGCGGAAAACCGACCUUUAUUGAGGCAGUGGCGGGCGAUGGGCGUUCAUACAAACCCGAGACGUUCUCGGCUGCAUCGCGCAUCAUGGCCAACAGGGGAUUCGCGGAUCCGGAAAAGCUUAGCAGAUGGGCUCAAUUAACGGUCAAGAUUGCGGCUGCCAAGGAACUCGCGGACCAAGCGGAACAGGACUUUGGCGAGAUUCCGACCGAGUAUGAAGAUCCGCUCAUGAGCGAUCUGAUGAAAGACCCGGUGAGGCUGCCGUCAGGCAACAUUGUGGACCGUUCAACCAUCAUGCAGCAUCUGCUAUCAGACCCAAAGGAUCCGUUCACUCGGCAACCUAUGUCUAUUGAAGAUAUCGUGCCGUGUGACGACUUGCGGGUGGAGAUUGAGAAGUGGAAGUCGGGGAGGAUGGCAGCAGCAAGAGAGAAGCUGGCGGCCAUCGCUGAUGGUACGGCAUCUGAGGAGUUGGCCCGAGCUGCUGCAGCUGAUCCGGAUGCCAUGGAUACCUCGCAAUAGCCUCUUGGGGAGUAUGAAGUGCGAAGUAGACUGUGGGGUCCCGCAGCUGUCCAUGGUACGGCUGGAGCUUAAAUUCUACAAGUGUUCGUAGAUGAGAAACACGAGGUUUCGGAGAGGACGGAGAAAUGGAAACGGUUGACGAAUCAGACGUCUGUGGCUUGUACAAAGAAGGGAGCGCUCUGAUUCAAGGAUGAAUUCAAUUCAAACCUAUGAUUAGGUAGACGUCGUGACACCGGGACUGCGCAGCAUAAACACGGAGUAAUUUGCAUUCAAGGCUUUAUUUUUUCUUGGUACGCGUCGCGUGUUAUGGUUGGGGACAGUUUGCGGCAACGUACUCCACAGAAGUUACAUAUAGCAACCAACCCAUGGCUUAAUUUGGAUGUAAUUAAUUAGGUAAGGUAGGUACCUAGGUAACUAUUUUGGGGAUAGACCAUCCCCCGCCGGUAAAAGUUGGAAUUAGCAUGCAUAAAAGAACAGACGGAAAUUCCUUCCACUUUUUUUUUCUUUCGCCUUGGGCAUCGAUGCCGCCCCACUAGGCUACAAGACCCCUGCAAUCACA